AUGUAUAUGCGCCAGUUGUGCCGGGUACCGAGCAUGGGCUUGAAUCGUGCAUUCCCCCAUGAUACCAUUCCUCCGGAUGUCAACGAUGUCGCAGCGUACGUGGAGCGUAAAGAAAUUGCUCAAGAUGGCCGCGCCGCCCUCACUCGUGCGAGACGCAAAAACUACACCGUCAAGCCAGAGAGUGCCCGCUACCGCUCUCUAGAUCAUCUUCCUAACGAAUUACUCUGCGCGAUUUUCCUCCUGACUGGUGACCCGAGCCCCGCAUCCGUCUUUCCUCGCGACCGUAUGAUGCAUCCGUACGAGCUAGACCGUCGGAAGGUGCAACUGUAUAGCAAGUGUGCAAUUCUCCUCGGGAGGGUCUGCGCUCGAUGGAGGGCCGUAACGCGCAGCUAUCCAAUUUUAUGGACCAUCGUCGAUGUCGAUUUACCAGGAAAGGAAGCCACACGCCGUCUCCAGAGGUGCUUGGACCAUUCUGCUGGCUUACCUCUCACCCUCUGGAUCAGCAGGAGCCUCAAAUUUGGCGCCGACAAGUCGGUCGACCCGUGCUUCAUGUCUCUCGUUGCUUCCAAUGCCCACCGUUGGGAAGAGAUCUCCAUCGAACUCUGGAGGGAGCUAGAUGCUCUGCAGCCUCUUGUUUCUCUGUCGCCUGGGACGCUCAAAACUCUGCGCAGGGCGCGUAUACAUUUUUACGGCUCGGGAACAGAGGUGUCCACGCCCGAUAACUUACUGUGGAGAUUGUUCUGUUCAUCCCCAAGACUAGAGGUCGUCGACUGGAUGCGCAAUGAGUACAUCGAAACAGGACUGAACGUGGGACCGUUGCAUCAGCUUACGAGACUGGCUGUGCAUUGGAUCAAUCCAGGCGUUCUCGUUCCCGUUCUCAGCACUUGCACCCGUCUUGAGCUCCUGCUUAUUAGCAUCAACCCGACUCUCCUCGGACAGGAGCAUCAAGGACCACUGCCUAUCCACUCUCCGAUCCAACUGCCUCACUUGCGCGUCCUGAUGCUGUGCGGUCCUGCUGACUGGGAGCGACUCUUCUCUUCCCUCAACGCGCCCGCUCUCAAUCGUCUGGACAUAUCGCGCAUGAGCAUACAAGGAGACGGUAUAGAGCGCAUGCUUCGCAACUCGAAUGCGCGCUUGAGGAUGCUUACAAUCCAUUGGCCCGCAAAGGACCAGGACGACAUUCUCGCUCUCCUUCGGAGCCCAUACAUGCAAUACUUGCAGGUUCUUCGGUAUGAGCGAUAUUAUCAGGAUGGCUGGAACCUGGGAUGGGAGGACACGUUUGAUUUGCAGCCAUUUGUGCCAAAGCAUAUCGUUUUCACAGAGAGUGCUGCCGAGGCGGAGCGGUAUUAUGCCCAGAUUCCAAGGGACCCUUACCUGACACCCCCUCUCCACUUGCCACCUCGCCGAGAACGUUGCGUGCGCUGGAUCACCGUAGGGUUGUACUCCAAGGAGAGACCCAUGUGCGCAACAGACGCGCAGGAUGUCUAUGACGGGGUGAACUCCGCGGGCCGGCCCUCACCGCCUAAUUAUAUCCCUGCGGACACGGACGUCGUCUCUUUGUACGAAGGAUCUGAGCUGACUACCCAUAAGAAGCACAGCCUUCACCUCACUCGCGCUGGACGCAAAAUUGACGCUGUCGACGGGCCUGAAAACGCGCCUUUUCGCCCUUCUCCGCCCGAAGUAGCGCGCAAAGAGUCCAUGCACGCCCAGCCUUUGAUCGACCGUCUCCCGAAUGAGUUACUCUGCGAAGUCUUCCUUCUCACAGGCGACCGAUGUCCUGCAUCCUACUUCCCCCGCGAUCCAGGCAUUCACGACAACGAUAUCAAGCCACCCUCAGUACACUUCUACAGCAUGGCCGCAGUUCUCCUCGGGCGUGUCUGCGUGCGAUGGAUGAGCGUCACGCAUGGCUUUCCCGCGUUGUGGACCACUGUUGAUGUGCUUUUCCCUACCAGAGCGGCCACCGCCAUACUGAAACGCUGCUUGAAAUACUCCGCCGGGCUCCCUCUCGCGCUCUGGAUUAGCAAGAGCUUGAGGCCCGAAGGCGGAUGCGAAGGACUCGACGAUCGCUUCAUGCGCCUCGCCGCCGCCAAUGCGCAUCGAUGGGCGGAAAUAUCGAUUGAACUGUGCGAUCAACGUGAUAUCCUGCGACCUCUGGCCGAACUGCCGCCUGGGUCGUUCAGUGCGCUUGAAAGAGCCCGCGUAGAUUUUUCGAUGUUCAGGGCGGGUCCUGACACCCUGGACACGCUGCUCUGGAAGUCCUUCCUUAGUUCCCCCCAUCUUGUUGCAGUCGACUUCGCUCGUGCGGAGUACAUUCGCACCGGCAUCCCUUUGGCGCCUCUACAACAAUUGACAGAGCUCGGCUUGCAGUUCGCCGAACCAGAGAUUAUACCUCUCAUAUUCCGCACCUCCUUCGCCCUUGAGGUACUCUGCAUCGACAUAUACGUGUCGCCAAUUGGCUCGGAGCGCAGCGAGACGACUCUUAUCGAAACUCCUGUUUGCCUUCCGCGACUACGAGCCCUGACGCUAUAUCUUCAACUGCCUGACCGUUCCUGCGCUUAACCGCCUCUGCCUCUCGCACACAGAGAUAUGGCAUGCUGAAAUAGAGAGCAUGCUCCGACGAUCCGCUGCUCGCAUCGUAAUGCUCAGCAUCCAUUGGCCCGCAACGAACCAAGCGGACAGAAUUCUGGAUUUACUACAUAGCGAGGUCAUGCGUUAUAUCCGGGUCGUGCGCUACCAGUGCGGAUAUCCGGGAGAGUCGCGCAUGGGAUGGGAGGAUACGUUUGAUUUGCAGCCAUUUGUUCCAUCGCAUAUCGUAUAUACUACAUGGUUUGCGGACACAGAAGGCGCGUAUGCGCGGGUAUGUAGUU